CUGCAUUGUAGAGAACUGCAGCAACCAAAAAUAUAUAAAUUAUUAAUGUUUUAUGGAAGACAAUCUUUCAAAAAAAAAGAAAAAGAAAAAAAAAUAAUGUUAACGUGUGACUUUUUUAUGGGUUUUGCGUUGAAUCCUCAAACGGGCUGACUUGGCAUUAAAAAAAAUGGUCCACAGGUACUGGGCCUUUAAUUGUUUUGCAUCCGGAGCAGCUCCCUCUUUUCCACAGGCAGACACAGGCCAGGAUCCUGCCGACAACAAGCCAGCUAUAUCUGGUGCGUUAACAAGUGUGCUGCUGCGGCUGCCCAGUGGUCCACUAUGGCCCAGAACCAGGUGAUCCUGCAGUUCCGAUUCGCCACGUUUGGGGACUCCAUGCUGCAGAAGAUGAACCUUCUCCGACACCAGAGACGCUUCUGCGACGUCGUCGUUCGCAUCAACCAGCUGGAGGUCCCCGGCCAUAAAGUGGUGUUUGCUGCCGGCUCGUCUUUCCUGAGAGACCAGUUCAUCCUGCAGCAGGACUCCAGGGAGGUCCAGAUCUCCAUGAUUCAGGAGGCGGAAGUUGGCCGGCAGCUGCUGCUCUCCUGCUACACCGGCCAGCUGGAGUUUCCUGAGCUGGAGCUCGUGCAUUACCUGACGGUGGCCAGCUUCCUCCAAAUGGGCCACAUCGUGGAGCAGUGCACCCAAGCCCUCAACAAGUUCAUCAAACCUCAGGCCUCACGCCAGCUGGAGGUGGAUCUGGACCUGCGGAGGGAAAAGGGAGACGAGGGUCCGUCCUCCCAGGCUCAAAGGGAGCAGGAGCGGUCUCAGGUGCGGAUUGUACCUGAGGGAGAGGAGGAG